AUGCACGAUAUUGUGCCCGAUGGCAUUGAAACCCUUACUAUCAUACUGGCUUUGGUGGAUCGAUUAUCCGAGGUGCAAGAGGAAAAUUGUACUAUGCGUCGUCAAGUUCAACGUCUCGAUGCGGAACUGACCGCCAAAACCAGAGCUUUGCAAAUAGAGAUGAGCAAACGUUUGGCUCUUGGGGAACCACCAUCUGCACACACGAAAGAUACAUCCGAUCUGGGAAGCACCGCAACAGUUGCCGGGCACGCGUUGACAUCCAGUUCUAGUCUUUAUAAUACACGUCGUCCUCCGUUUCUUGAAUCGCCUCGUUCUCUCCUCGUACAACUAACGUUGUGA